AUGGCUGCAAACACCGCUGCCCUGGCUUGGAGGGCUGCGGGCGCCAAAGUUCGUGCAUUGCCGUCUCUCCGCGGUGCUCAGCCGUCAUCAAUCUUCUCUAAACGCCCCUUGGUUUGUCGGCAAUGGGCUGUGAGAUACGCUUCUGACACGGCAAACACUGCCGCCGCCUCCGAAGCUGCCACGGAGACCGUGAAGCAGGCGCCCAAGAAAGCUGGCCGCGGAUCCCGAAGAAUCGUGCUCGGCACGUCUUUAGCUCUUACGCUUCUCGUUGGCUACGUGUACGGCACCGAUACGAGGGCCAGUAUACAUCGGUAUGGCGUGGUCCCGUUGAUCCGGCUCCUUUACCCGGAUGCCGAGGAUGCGCAUCAUAUCGGGGUGGAUAUCUUAAAGACUCUGUACAAAUAUGGACUCCAUCCUCGAGAGCGUGGGAACCCAGACGGGGACGGCGUCCUGGCGACGGAGGUAUUUGGAUACACGAUCUCCAACCCCAUUGCCAUCUCCGCCGGUCUCGACAAGCAUGCUGAGAUCCCGGACCCGCUGUUUGAUUUGGGACCGGCCAUUGUCGAAGUGGGCGCCACCACACCCUUGCCGCAGGAAGGCAACCCUCGGCCCCGUGUGUUCCGAGUUCCUUCGCAGAAAGCCAUGAUCAACCGAUACGGGUUCAAUUCGAAGGGGGCGGACCACAUGGCCGCCAUACUGGAACAGCGUGUGCGCGACUUUGCCUACGCGCAUGGAUUCGGAGUGCAUGAGCAGGCGGUCGAACGGGUGCUGAACGGCGAGGCCAAUGUUCCGCCGGGCAGCCUGAAUGCCGGGAAAUUGCUGGCGGUGCAGGUGGGCAAGAACAAGGCGACGCCGGAUUCGGACAUCGAAGCCAUCAAGCAAGACUACGUGUACUGCGUGGACCGACUGGCCAAGUACGCGGACAUCCUGGUGGUGAACGUGUCCAGUCCGAACACGCCGGGGCUGCGCGACCUGCAGGCCGUGGCGCCUCUAACAGCGAUCCUGGAAGCGGUGGUGGGGGCGGCUAAGAGCGUGGACCGCACGUCCAAGCCGUUCGUUAUGGUCAAGGUCAGCCCGGACGAGGACUCAGAGGAACAGAUCACGGGCAUUUGCGAGGCGGUUUGGAACUCCGGAGUCGACGGCGUGAUCAUGGGCAACACGACGAACCGACGUCCAGAGCCACUCACGCUACCGCCUACGGAGCAGGCGACAUUGACAGAGACGGGUGGAUAUUCAGGCCCGCAGCUAUUCGAUCGGAUGGUGGCCCUGGUGGCAAGAUAUCGGGGGGAGCUGGACGCGAGGGCGGAGGGGGAGCAGGAGAAGAAGCAGCGUAAGGUGAUCUUCGCGUCUGGGGGAAUCACCUCGGGGGCGCAGGCACAGGCGGCUCUCCAGGCGGGAGCAUCAGUGGCGAUGAUGUAUACGGGGGUGGUGUACGGGGGGGUUGGGACGGUGACGCGGGUGAAGCAAGAGAUGAAGGAAUGUAAAUGA